AUGGCAGAAGCUGCUCCAGCCCCCGCAGCGGCCCCAGCAAAGGCCCCCAAGAAGAAGGCACCCCGGCCCAAGACAACUGGACCAAGUGUGGGCGAGCUCGUCGUCAAAGCGAUCUCUGCCUCUAAGGAGAGGAAGGGAGUUUCUCUGGCUGCGUUGAAGAAGGCUUUGGCUGCUGGUGGAUACGACGUGGAAAAGAACAACGCUCGUGUUAAGGUGGCCAUCAAGAACUUGGUCACAAAGGGAACUCUGAUCCAGACCAAGGGAACUGGUGCCUCCGGAUCCUUCAAGCUGAACAAGGCUGCGGAAAAGAAGCCCGCAAAGAAGGCAGCUCCUAAAGCCAAGAAACCAGCAGCAAAGAAGCCUGCUGCGGCCAAGAAGGCAGCGGCCAAGAAACCAGCGGCCGCUAAAAAGUCUCCCAAGAAAGCAGCCAAGAAGCCCGCCACGCCGAAGAAGGCAACGAAGAGCCCAAAGAAAGCAAAGAAGCCCGCUGCACCCAAGAAGGCAGCGAAGAGCCCCAAGAAAGUCAAGGCAACGAAACCAAAGGCGGCCAAGCCUAAAGCUGCUAAGCCCAAAGCCGCCAAGCCCAAAAAGGCGGCACCUAAGAAGAAGUAA